AAACCCUUCUCAAACCAUUCUGCCUUUUCCCUGCUCUGCGGCGCUGCUGGCACGAAGCAAACGACCGGAUCGCCGUCGCCUUUACCUCCCACCGCCGGAGCACAUUGCAACAACCUUCGCCAUUUCCUCCCUCUGCCGUAGCGCAGUCACCGGUAGCGUCAACACCACCAGGAGCGCUGACAGCAGCUCCCAACGGUGCUACUGCCAGGGACGCCGUUCGAAACGGCCAACGGAAACACCACGACCAGGCAGAAAAUAGAGAAUUCCGGCAGCAACCAAAAUUCGUAAGGAAGAAAUAUGUUGGAAGGUGAAGGUAAUCCUACUUUAAACAAGAAAACAGGAUUGCCUCGGAAACGAUUUUACCGUGCAAGGGCUCAUAGCAAUCCGUUAAGUGAUUCACAUUUCCCAGUACCCAUUUCCCCUGCUCAGGUGGACUAUGUUUCUCAUUACCCAAAAUUAUCAGAUGGCUUAAAAAAGAUUGAGUUUGCAGAUAUAGGGUGUGGAUUUGGUGGCCUUUUGAUUGCUCUUUCAUCACUCUUUCCUGAUACGGUAAUGGUUGGAAUGGAAUUGAGGGAUAAGGUGACUGAGUAUGUGAAAGAACGGAUUGUGGCAUUGAGGGCAAAUAAUCCUGGCCAAUAUGAGAAUAUAUCGGUUGUUCGAACUAAUUCCAUGAAGUACAUUCCAAAUUACUUUGAAAAAGGGCAGCUGAAAAAGAUGUUCUUUUUGUUUCCGGAUCCCCACUUUAAAGAGAAGAAUCACAGGCGACGCGUGAUUAGUCCUCACCUGCUAGAUGAGUAUGCUUAUGCUCUUGCUGUUGGUGGUAUUAUAUACACGAUCACAGACGUGGAGGAGCUUGGGGAGUGGAUGAAGUCGUGUUUGGAAGAUCACCCAUUGUUUGAAGCUCUCUCAAAUGAAGAGCUCGAAGCUGAUCCGGCUGUCAAACUCUUGACUACUGCAACCGAGGAAGGACAAAAGGUUGCCCGCAAUGACGGACAGACGUUCCAAGCUGUUUAUAGACGCAUUGCUAUGCGAUGAUUCAUCAUUGCCAAUCUGUUUGCUGAUUGCUCAUGCGUUGCAGUUGCAGUUGCAGUUUGGACACUCAUCUUGACUCAGCUAGGAUGAUAAGACUAUACAUUGUGACAUUGCAUUCUCUCUAUAUUAUAGUGAAUAGAACAGUUAAAGAUUUAAUCUUUAGCCACCGGAAUAGAAAUUCUGGAAGCAGCCUACUAUGUCACUGCUUCAGAGACUCAUUAUAUUCUGUUGUUCUUCCUAUUUUAUUGAUAUUUUGAAUCUAAUUUGGCUCUCAUAGUUUUUCUUCUCAAA